CCUUAUACGACGUGUCGUUUCUUGUUUUUUUCCUUUUUAUUUUAAUCUGUUCAUUUCUUUCUAUUGGUGAACCCGAAAAUGGAGAGUUAUUUAAAGUUUUGAUCUUCCGUGCGAACGCUGCCGUUUCUCUGUUUCUCAAAUAAUUUACUAUGUUUUUGAUCUGUUAAGUUGUUUCUCUAUUUCUUGAUCCCACAGAAACGACUACGUAUUAUAGCUUUGUUUCUGUUGUUUAACGACUCCUAUUUCUCAUCUCCUUGAUUUCCGAAAGUUCUGUAUUCAGUACCCGGGAGGAGGGUGUUUAUAGUAACGUGGCAAUGCGGGGACGACACGCCGAUGCUUAUUCCAUGUAUAAGCGUGGCACCAGAGAUUAUAUCAAUGCCUAUGACAAAGAGCAAGGUUCAGUACGUUCACUGAAUGGAGUGAGUAAAGAGAUUGGAAACCCUUCUUGGAAGCGAUCAUUCUUGUAUAUACUCGUGGCAUCCUUAGCUUCCCUCUUAUACGGUUACCAUCUUGGAGUAAUUAAUGAAACGCUACAAAGUAUUUCAAAUGAUCUUCAUUUUAAUGGGAAUACCAUGGCUGAAGGUUUGGUUGUAAGCAUAUGUUUAGGGGGGGGCUUUCUUGGAUCAACCUUCAGUGGUUUGAUAGUGGAUAGGGUUGGGUUUCGCAGGGCAUUCCAGCUAUGUGCUUUACCUAUGAUAAUUGGGUCUUCAAUGAGUGCAACAGCAAAAAACCUUUGGGGUAUGCUUUUAGGGAGGUUAUUUGUUGGGACUGGAAUGGGUCUUGGCCCAACGCUUGCAGCUCUUUAUGUGACAGAGGUUUCUCCUGCUUAUGUAAGAGGCACAUAUGGAAGCUUCACUCAGAUUGCAACAAGCCUAGGAUUGAUGAGUUCUCUGUUAAUUGGAUUCCCUGCUAAGGAAACUGAGGGUUGGUGGCGCAUAUGUUUCUGGGUAUCUGCUGUUCCUGCUGCUUUACUUGCUCUUUUUAUGCAAUUUUCUCCAGAGAGUCCCCAUUGGCUUUUCAAGAAAGGAAGAGCUGCUGAUGCUGAAGCUGCAUUUGAGAAACUUUUAGGAGGACCAUAUGUCAAAGGUGCAAUGGCUGAAUUGUUGAAGUCAGAGAGAGGAGGUGAAGCAGAAACAGUCAAAUUGUCAGAGCUACUUUUUGGUCACCAUCGUAAAGUUGUUUUCAUUGGGUCUACUCUUUUUGCUUUACAACAGCUUUCUGGUAUAAAUGCUGUUUUCUUUUUCUCGUCAACCGUCUUUAAGAGUGCUGGUGUAUCCUCACAGUCUGCAAACAUAUGUGUGGGGAUUGCCAAUUUCUUAGGAUCAUUUGCUGCAUUGCUUUUGAUGGAUAAACUGGGAAGGAAGGUACUUCUCAUUGGAAGUUUCUCAGGUAUGGUAGUUGCAAUGGGUCUUCAGGCAGCUUCAGCUAGCUCCUUAGUCUCUAGCAGCAAUGAAGUUUAUCUAUCUGUUGGAGGCAUGUUGUUGUUUGUCUUGGCCUUUUCUGUGGGUGCUGGACCAGUCCCUAGUCUCCUCCUAUCAGAAAUGUUUCCAGGCCGGAUAAGGGCGAAGGCAAUGUCAGUUUGCUUGGCUAGUCAUUGGGUGGUAAAUUUCUUUGUUGGUCUGUUGUUUUUGCGGUUACUGGAACAGAUAGGACCAUUAGUCCUGAAUGCAAUUUUCGCCACCUUCUGUUUGCUGGCAGUAAUUUUUGUGAAGAGAAACGUGUUGGAAACUAAAGGAAAAUCACUUCAAGAGAUCGAAAUGACCCUUCUUCCACCAGAGUAGAGGUUUAUCAGUUUCAUCUAAUUCUCUGAACCAUUGUGAACAUAGCAUAUUAAGGUGAAUAUGUACCUAACAGAACUCUGGUUUAAAUUAGUUAGCCAGGUAUAGUUUUUGGACCCAAAGCCCUUUUUUUUAGUUAUGGUAACUUGUGUUGUCUAGUUGCCUACUUUAGGUUUGCAGAAGAAAUUCGGAAAUGAAAAAAAUCACUAAAACAUAUUGUUAUUUUUCAGAGUUGCUAAGCAUUUAAGCAGUUCCGUUCACCCAUGUCUCUUUCACUGAAUCAUGCCUGAAACCAAUAUGAAGAUACAAACUCCACUAAAUGAUGUUGUAGAUGGAGUAAUGGGAAGAAAACAAUACAUGCAUCAGGUGCUUACUCUGCAAGGCUCAUAAUGUGUAUUCUAAGAAUGUUUUCUUAUUGUAGUUUUUUUCUUGCAAACUGGACAUUUCCUGAUGGAAUUAUUAAUGUGGCAUUAUACAUAUAACAUGGCUUAUACUGUUUUUGAGCUUCAACAUUAGUAAA